AAAAAGAGAAGGUAAGCGUGAGUGAGACAACUAUACAAAUAGUUGGCUUCUUUUUAAGUACAGAGAUGUCAACAUUUCAUUGAAGAGGAACCGUAAAUUUUUCUUUACUUAUUCUCUGCACAAAAAACUGAAGCUAAACUAAAAUCAAGUUUUGCAAACACAGAAAUUGUUAUAAAAUUUAUAAAAAUACAAUUAUGUUUCUUCUUUGUGUUUUGGGGAAUUGUGAAUAUUCCAGUCGCAGUAAAGAAGUCAAAGCUAAAAUCAACGAUAAUAAUAUAACAUUUCACAGAUUUCCUGUUGACGAAGAACGCAAAAAGAUUUGGUUGGAUCGUUUGAAUUUGCAACCUAGUGCAUUAAAGGCACGUUCUGUUUUGGUGUGUAGCGAACAUUUCAGACCAGAAGAUAUUUAUAAAAAAUGUGUGGCUUCUAAAUGGAAAGUCUUUUUGAAUCCCGAUGCCAUUCCACUGAAAUGGGCUGAUGAUCCUAGGAAUAUCCCUAGAAAUGAUCUUAAGAAUGACCCUAAUAAUGACCUCGAGCAGAGCAAUUUCCUUAAUGAAACUGACAUCAAAGUUGAGCCUGAACAAAUAAGUUACACAAAUGCUUCUGAAAUUUUUAUUGUUCCAAAAAAUGAGCCCGCAGCUACAGCCACUGUAAAAUUAGUAGAAGCUCAAUCUGUUCCUAAUGAAGUUAAUAUGAGAAAUACUCAUGGAAUUUUGCAAAAUGAGCCAAUACGUAGAGAAACUGAUAAAUCUGCUAAUAAGUUCGCUGUUGUCGAAAAUGAUAUUGUUCCUGGAACAUCAGAAAUUCUUUGGGAAUUAAGAAGUAGAAAUGAGAAAAUUAUGAAAUUGCAAAAUAAAAUUCUGAAGAUGAGGAGGGAAUACGGAAGUUUGCAAAAAAAAAUUAAAAGAAGGGACCGGAAGAUCAAUCUUUUGAAAGAGAAGUUGAACAAACUCGAGAAAGAUAAAUCAAUCAAAAAAUCCGCAAGACAACCAUCGAGUCCAGAAUCUACAUCUACGGAAUCGGCAGAGGAAAUGAACGAAUUAGAAGAGUUUGAAUUUGAACAGUGUCCGGGUCCACAUUCAGGAGCUGAUUCUGACUAAAGGUAAAAAAAGGAACACUGACUGAAUUCACAAAACGCUGUUUGAAAAAGCUUUGAGGAGAAAUUGGUCUCAUUGAUUUUUCUUCUAAUAAAAUGUUAAUGAAUAAUUUA